CAACAAAAACAUAAACAACUCAAGUGAGUCAGGGAUCAGGUGCAUUCCUUGGCUCUUGCAGCAGGGAAAUAAGGACAGGUUUGCAUAAUCUCUGAGGGUUUUCAGAAAGUUUUUCAAGUUUUUCAGAAACUUGAGAAAGCUCUUUGAGGAAGACAGAAGGGUACAAGACCGCAUCCUUUACGUUUCAGGACCGCUGAGGGAUAUCCAUCGCACUUCUUCUUUCUUUCUGAGCGACAACGAUGGAGCAGCGUCUGUUCAUAACCCUGCUUUUUACCGGUGUCAUCCACCUCGUCCUGUCAGUCCCUCGCAAGUACUACCUGAUCCAGCAGGGCGAAACGUGGGACAAUGCUCUGGCUUACUGCCGAGCCAACCAUGAUGACCUGGCUGUCAUUGAAAGUGAUGACAACAUGAUCGAUCUUCAGAGUGAAGCACAGAUGCAACAAUUCACCUCCAGUGCUUGGAUUGGAAUGUACAAUGACAUUAACAGCUGGCGCUGGUCUCUUGGAUACGAGCCAGUAGGAAGUAUAACAAUGUGGGCUUUGCACUGGGAACAGCCUGACAACGGAAUGGGAGAUGAAGUGUGUGGCGGGAUCGACGAAUGGGGUUGGUUGGAUGCGUCAUGUGGCUUAUUACUACCCUCUGUGUGCUUCGAUGACAGGUACAGUGGGACUGACAGGUACAUUAGCAUCCCUACUACGAUGACGUGGUAUGAUGCUCAGCAGUACUGCAGGCAACAUCACACAGACCUGGCCAGCGCCAGAAACCAAACUGAGCAGUCAAUUAUACAGGGAAAGAUCUCUAGGUUCUCUUGGAUUGGCCUGUUCAGAGACUUCUGGAAGUGGGUGGAUGGGAAAAACUUCUCCACUAUUCCAUGGAUGGCUGGAAAACCUAAUAAUGCCCUGGGACAUGAGAACUGUGGAUAUUUAUAUGAUGGUCAAGCUUCUAGUGCACUGUGUACAGAUAUAAGGCCUUUCUUCUGUUACUCACUAAUAAAAAAAAAGCGACAUAUUAAAGUGAAGCUCAUGUCCAGUCAGGAUUUGUCUGAUCCUGCAGUACAGGCGACCAUUUUGGAGAAGAUCAAGCAGAAACUGAAGGAUCAAGGGAUGGCAGAGAACAUCACAGCUAAAUGGAGAGAGCAACCGGAUGGUCAGGUGUUUCACAAGGAGAAGAAAAUCAUACUGUUGUAGAAUAAUGGACUAGUGUCACGUCUUGGGCUUUGCUAGGUUUAAAAUUGUGUACUACUCGUAGGUAUCCCUCACAUAAACGUCUGUAAAUAUUUGCCUAAAUGGUGAUGUUAGCUCGCAUUGGCUCAGUAUAAGAACUUGUCCGAGUCUGAUUGGGUGGAAGGACUGUUAUUACUCUUACCAUCGUACUGCUACAGCGAAGGAUUUUAUUUUAUUAUAUUCAUUUUCAGGAUUUUGUAAAGCAUUUAAAGUUAUGAGUUCACUUUAAAGUCCAUCUAUCGGUCCAUUAUCCAUACCACUUAUCCUAGUCAGGGUCUCGGGGAGCCUGGAGUAUAUCCCAGGGGACUCGGGGCACAGAGUGGCGGAAACCCUCAAAGUGCGCGAGGGAGGGCAAUCCAACACACUAUGAACAAUUUGGAAACACCAAUCAGCCUACUAUGCGUGUCUUGAGCACCCGGAGGAAUCCCAUGAAUCACAGGGAGAACAAGCAAACGCAGGAUUCGAACCCCCAGCCCCGGCAGUACGAGGCAAAUGUAAUAACCACUAAGUCACUGUUCGUUAUUAAUCAAUUAAUCUAUCUAUCUAUCUAUCUAUCUAUCUAUUUGUUUGCUUGUUUGUAUAUUUAUUUAUUUAUUUAUUUAUUAUAUAUUAUUUCUGGCAAUGACAAAAUAAGUGUUGUUACUUUCUAUAGUCAUGUACGUAUCUUCACUAUGGUAGUUUGUUAGAAGGACAAAGAAAAUAAAGUGAAGAAUCAUAUUGUAACACAAAAAAUAGAGAGUCAUAUCAAUAAAUGUAAUGGUCUGAUCAUGUAAAC